AUGAAACUGCUUUCAACUAUUGCCACUGUUGGCGCAGCAUUGCUCGCCGUCACCCCAGCGGCUUCCAUCCCCCUCCAGUCGCGGGCGGAAUGGGACCUGGGUGCGUUUCUUCAGAACUACGCCAAGAUACCAACAGCAGACCAGAAGUCCCGUAUACAAGAUCUCUACACAAAGGCGCAGAAGAUCGAGCCGUACAUUUUCCCGUGGCCGGAUAUCAUCGUACAGUCGCAGUUGGCCGGUGACACAUGGGGGCCAGAAAUCCUCGCCGAGCUGCAGAAGGAUAAGGCACAGUUCCACGAGCUCGGGGCAUACAUGGCUCCGGAGGUCCACUGGCUGCAGUCCAAAGGCGCAUCGGCCGACAAACUCUACGCUUCGAAUCUCAAGGAUGGGAUAUUCCAACUGAGCCACGACUUCUUCAAGAAGGGAGAAGAGAGCACGAGCCCCCCGCUCGACACCAGAGAUCACUUUCUCGCCCCGUUCGACAUCCUGGACUAUAGCGAAGGCGAAAAGGGGGCUUCCGGGAACACGGUUGUCUAUCUCAACAACGUCCUGCAUUUUCUCACCGACCAGGAUAACCCAGACGCAAGCCUUGCUGUGCAGAAAAAGGCAGCGAGCCAGUGCCUCAAGCUCCUGCGUCCAGACGCAGGUCGGACUGUCUACAUAUACAUUCGCGACAGCGCCUUGUACCGCCCAGAGGUACUGGAGGGCGCUGGAGCGCAGUACGUGCACAGUCCCGACUCCAUGAAGGCAUUGUGGAAUGGUAUGAAGGACGACGACUACUGGAAGCACGAGAUCAAGGAAAUCAAGGUCAGCACACGGAAAAGUGACAUAGAUUAUCAAGCAUCCAAAGCGGCGUGGAAACAAGGUGGUGGCCAGCCCUUCCUGAUGUGGACUAGAGUCGCGGUCUUGUUCUGA